UCAGUCAGUCGCUGGUCGUCGUCGUUGUAAGAAGAGUUAUAAGCUUCCGGUUGAAAACUCACUGAUAGACACUUAACAAGCAAUUGUUUGUGAAUUUCCAACCUAUUUAGCUGAAAGUGAUUGUUUCAAACUAGCACUCCUCUCUUCGCUUUUAAAGCUAAAUUUCAAGCCACUUGGCAGUGAACAUCACAAUUUGCGGCAGGAAAUAAAGUACUCAGAAGCAGAGGAAGAAUGCCUCCAGACGUCACGAAUGCUCCAACGGGAGUUCUUUUUGAAGGGGAGACAGUUGAUCCUACUGUAGUGAAGGAUUCACCAAAAAAGGAGGUCAAAUAUACGAGACAACUGGUCUGGAGAAAUCUAAUUAUCUUCGCCUAUCUCCAUCUAGGAGCACUUUAUGGAUUAUAUUUAGUUUUCACAUCUGCGAAGCUAGCAACAACGCUUUUUGCAAUCUUCCUGUAUCAAUGCAGUGGAAUUGGUAUAACAGCAGGCGCACACAGACUAUGGGCUCAUAAAUCUUAUAAAGCCACGUGGCAACUUCGAGUAUUGUUGACCAUCCUCAAUACGAUGGCCUUCCAGGAUGCUGCGAUUGAUUGGGCGAGAGACCACAGGGUGCAUCAUAAAUACAGCGAAACAGAUGCAGAUCCACAUAAUGCCAAGAGAGGUUUUUUUUUUGCCCAUGUUGGUUGGUUACUGUGCCGUAAACAUCCCGAUGUGAGGAUUAAAGGCAAAGGAAUCGACAUGAGUGAUUUGCAAAAUGAUCCAAUCCUCGCCUUCCAGAAAAAAUACUAUUUCUUUCUGAUGCCACUAUUGUGCUUCCUGCUACCUACUGUCAUUCCUGUCAUGGGUUGGAAUGAAACAUGGACGAAUGCUUAUUUCAUUGCAGCCGUUCUUCGAUAUACAUUCACGCUAAAUAUGACGUGGCUCGUCAACUCGGCUGCUCAUCUCUUUGGCAAUCAUCCUUACGAUCAGUUCAUCAAUCCUUCGGAGAACAAGAGCGUUGCAAUACUGGCACUGGGUGAAGGUUGGCACAAUUACCACCACGUCUUUCCCUGGGAUUACAAGACUGCCGAGCUCGGCAAUUACACCUUCAACUUUACAACGGCGUUCAUAGACUUUUUCGCGAAAAUUGGUUGGGCGUACGACCUGAAAAGCGUCUCGACCGAGAUGGUGCAGAAAAGAGUCGAAAGAACAGGUGACGGCAGCCACGAGGUUUGGGGUUGGGGCGACAAGGAUCAACCUCCGGAGGAGCGAGAGGAAGCCAUAAUCACACAUCAUCCGAAAAACGAAUAGUUAAUUGCGACCCAAAAAGUCCCCUGUACAGUCUCGUGAACGUUAAGUAGUUAAGUGUUUUUUUAAGAUUAAUAUAAACAUAACUGUCGACGCUUCGAAUCAACCUUAAUCCAUAUUGUACUGGAUGCCGUAUCUAUUUUACGUGACAACUGCGGAGGGUACCUAGCAGGGAUUCCAUCGAAAUUAACGAGUAUUUUCUGAUAUUUCGCAAUUAUUUAUGUAAAUUUAAUAUAAUUUACCGGAAAAUUAUGCUAAGUAUGAAAAAUUACUCAAAAAUAAUGCAGCUACGGGGGUGUAAAAAAUGGUAUUUCUUCAAUGUUUUAUGUCGAAAGACAUAGAGAGGAAUGUAGCCUCAUUAUCCUUUGAUACUUUUCUGGACUGAACUUAGUUUUUUACCCAAAUAAUUUUCCUAAUUUAUCGAAUUAAUGGGCAAAUAUCCAUGAAUCCCCGUUUAAUUUCGCUCGAAUUCCUGGUACAUAGACCUGAAAAAAGUCAUCAGGGAAAAGUGUGAGAGUACUAGUUUUUUUAAAGAAGUAAUAUACGGGUAAAGAGAUUUGUGCCAAAGCGACUGACUCUUUUAUACAUUUAAUGAUAUAACGGGAGCUCGAAACUUAUGACUCCGCAACCCUAAAAUAAGUUCAAGUUCAACUUUGGCAUCUUGCGCUGUGCGCUUUAAAACGCUAAAAAUAUUCCAAGUCAGAGUAGCAUUUCCACGACAAGCAUUGAACACACUUAUUUUUUUAUUGGUGCACAUAAAAAAUUUAAUGUAAAUUUGUACAAAGGUGACUGAGAAACUAGAAAUUUGUAUACGUAAAGCGACUCUUUUGCUACCGUAAGAUUUUGUAAAUACUUUCUGUUUUCUCCCCCCUCCCCCUCUCUUGCAUUCUGUUCUAUCGGUUCUUUGAGGCUUGUAUUUAUACUAUUUUUUUUCAUUGCUAAAGUUGCACAAUAUGAUUAGAAUUAAGAAGUUGCGGAGAAUUAAUCGCAUAGCUCCAGUUCUCUAUGGUCUAAGGCAGCAUUCGUGCUCUCUAAAUGUCUAGAGUCAAACUGUCUCGAUUUAAAUUCAAUGUUCAAGAAAAAGGAUUGAACGAGAAUAAUCAAAGUGCAGGUGUAGAAGGCUAUGAAGCAUAUUUCUGUAUCGUAUCUUGGCGCUUUCACUUUAGAUUCUAGCUUUAAUUCCAUUUUUUGCUCAUUCUUUUCUUCAGUUGGUCUGUUUUUGCUUACUUCCCGAUGUCGCAAUUAUAUGCCUGAUUUUUCAAACUAAUCAAAAUAGAUAUAAAUGAAUUGAUUUUUCUUUGCUAUCUUCUUAAGGAGUUAUAUCUAGUGGCUGAUUUGAAUAAAAUGUAUUUAAAGUGGCUAAUAAGUCUUGGAAAUCCCUUAACAUUACUAGAUAUAAAGCCUUAAAAAAUUCAAUUUAGAUUUGCAUCCCUAACUGAGGCAUGUACUGAUCACAGACUGGUUAUUUAAGUCCGUGUUACAUUGACCCUCUAGAUUUUAAUAUCAUGAUUCGUCAAACUAUUAAUCGACACGUACUCUUAAUUUCGAAUUUUCUCUAUGGCACAAUUAGUUUUAGUUGCGAGCAACUCUGCAAGAACUCUCUGAUUUUUGGAUGUUCUCCUUUUUGCCUCAUUGUUUCGAUUUGAUUGUUCUUGUCAAAUUGAAGCUUUCAAGAUAUUUCUUUGGCGAUUCGUGAAGUCGUGAAAUAAAUUUUCUUGAAGUAAAUAGGGCACUUAGAUUAAGUAUCUAAAUUAUUUUAGAGUUAAAAAUAAAGUGAUAUGCGGAUAUUGUAGUAGAAGGGCAGUGAAUAGUAUACCUUAAUGGGAAGGGAUAAUUUAGAUUAUUUAUACUGAUAUCGAGAUUCGUGAUAACAAAAACAAAAAAAAAUUUUCUAAACUCAGUCAAACAGAAUUGUCCUUUUUUCAGACACUAAUACAUCGCGUAAGUUACCUCGUACCUGUGCAGCGUUAGUGUACUUUGUUUAGACGUUUAAUAGAUUUUCCAAAUGCAAUUUUGUGAUAAUUAAAUUUAAAAAAAAAGAUAAACUUUUCAAUUGAGAAGCCAUAAUUUCCAAGUUGCUCGAUACGAAAGGAACCAUUUUCACUGAGAAACUUUUGCUACUAUACUAAACCUGGUUUCAAAGAGCCUCGAUGCUAGUGAAAUAUGCGAAAGGAAUCAAUUUCUUAUUGCUGGUCGGUAAGGUUGAGACUUUUUCAGAAUUUCCGUUCGUUUACAUUACAGGAUUCAAAAUGGAUAGGAUUGUUAAAUUCAAAGUAUCAAAAACAAAAGCUGUAUCUUUAAAGUGCGAAUGAGUUCAAAAACUAAUAACAUAGCUGCAUCACUAUAUUGUGUAUUAUACAAUAUUGAAUAUAUUCACUGUAAUUCCAGUAAACUGUUUAAUAAAAGCUUAUAUUUUUAAGAAAGUAA